AUGAGCGAACAAUUUGAAAAUUAUAAUUCUGGUGGACAAAAUGAAGGUAGCAAUUCAAAUAGUCAAAAUGAUGGCUUCCGCAACCAACAAGGCAUAGGCACUGAAAAAAAGGCGUUUCGCCAAACUUUUUUUUUAACCCCCAAAUAUAGUAAAAAUCUAAUUUAUAAAUCACCAGAAAACAAAUAUCAGGAGUUUUCAAACGCUUAUAUAUAUAAAAUCAUGAUAAAAACAGCAAAUGGUACUCCUAAUCGUGCUCAAGUUUGCCGCGAGACAAUACAGGAAUGGAACAAAAUUAAAACUAAAGGUGCAGAGAAAAUUGACAACAUGAUCAAAACAUAUUUGUCUACGCCAUUUAAUCUAUAUGAUAUACAAACAAUAAAACCAAACCAUUUUAUUCCUGAAGAAAGUUUAGCACCUUCCCUUCCUACUAUCUAUUCAGUAGAAUCUAUACCUGAAAUCCUAGCAAAUGCAGCAGCACAAAAAAAUGCGGCAAGCGAAAUCACAAUAGCUAAAGAAAGACUUUCAGAGCUUAAGCAAAUGUACAACAUUACAACAGACCCUCAGUUUUGA